AUGGCAACUGAAACGAGAUCGGAACCGUUGAGGGAAUGGAUCAUCCUUAUUCCCGACAACAAAGACUCGUUAGAGACGCGGAUGAGAGUAAGAGAAACGCAUAUCAAAGAUAUGCUUCAACAUAUCGACUCUGGUUUGUUCCAAAUGGGCGGGGGCACUUUGGCCGGAGAUAGCGUCGACGGAAGCGCCAUCAUCGCCCGUGCCAAAUCCGAAGCCGACGUAUUGGCCGUCCUCAAGAACGACGUUUACGCCAGAAGCGGAGUCUGGGAUCUAGAAAAUAUCAAAUUCAUUCCAUCGUCACCAACGAUGGAGUCAAUUGCUAUUAUUCAAAAAGACAAAGGCCUCACUCAAGGGACUAUUACCCUUCCUCCCCUCAAGGAGCAUCAAGUGUAUGUCAAGGUUGAAUACGCAGCUUUCAAUCCAACUGAUCGGCUGGCUCUUGACGUCAACGCCUUUGGAGAUGGCGCAGUACUGGGCUGCGACUUUGCUGGUAAAGUCGUGGACGUCCAUUCAACUGUGGCUAAAUUGAAGCCUGGCGACAGUAUUGCUGGCUUCGUUUGGGGUGGAGAGAUCAAGGGUCUCGGAGCCUACUCGUUGUAUACAAUCGCUGAUGAGCGACUGUCCUUCAAGAUACCCGAGAACAUUAAUCCAGCUGAGGCUUCCUCCGUUCCAUUGGCUGCUAACACAGCAUGGCUUGCUCUCUUCUCAGACGACUGCCUUGCAAUCAGUCCUGAAAAGACAGCUAGUAAAACCCCCCUGUUGAUCUGGGGAGGCAAUACUAUCGUCGGCUAUUUCGCCAUUCAGAUUGCGAAACUCUACAACAUCGAAGUCGCGACAACCUGCAGCCCUCGAAAUUUCGACAAGAUGCGACAAGCUGGGGCAACUCAUGUCUUUGACUACAAUGACGAGGAGGUCGUAUCCAAGAUCCAAUCAGCAGUGCCAAACCUGCAGCAUGUGUUUGAUACAGUUGGCAACGAAACCUCCUCGGCGACUGCGGCCAGGUCCAUUAGUCAAACGACAGGCGUGCUGUGUACCGUCCGCCCAGGCAAGGCAAACACCCAAGACGUUCCAUCUCAUAUCAAAGUCACGGAUGUCUUCGUAUUUACAGCUUUCCCCACGGAGCAUAGCUAUCGAGGCAAGGCUCAUUGGCCUGUGAAAAUGAGUGAUCACAAACUUAGUGCCGACUUCCAUGGUCAGUUAGAGACAUUACUCGGAAAUGGAUCUUUCAAGCCAUCCACAGUUCGUCUUAUUGGACAGCUCAGCCCGUCUACGGUAGAGAAAGCGAUGGAUCUCAACCGGCAAGGAUCUAUCUCGGGUGAAAAACUUGUUUUUGAAGGGUUUUCUUAG